AUGUUUACCAACAAGCUGCUGACCCUGGUGCUGGUGGUGCAGCCUGGACGGGUGCUGCUGGGCAUGAAGAAGAGAGGGUUCAGAGCAGGGAAGUGGAAUGGGUUUGGUGGCAAAGUCCAACCUGGGGAGACUAUUGAAGAGGCUACCAGGCAAGAACUGCAGGAGGAAAGUGGCCUCACAGUGGAUGCACUUGAUAAGAUUGGAAAUAUCAAAUUUGAAUUCAUCAGAGAAACAGAGCUGCUUGAUGCCCAUGUUUUCCGAGCUGACAACUACAACGGGGAGCCAACAGAGUCAGAUGAGAUGAGGCCGCAGUGGUUCGACUCGGAUAAGAUACCCUUCGGUCAAAUGUGGGUUGACAAUAUUCUGUGGUUUCCACUGAUGCUUCAAAAGAAGAAGUUCUUGGGCUACUUCAAAUUUCAGGGUCAUGACUUGAUAAUCGAUCACAAGUUAGAGGAGGUAGAAAAUCUUUAA